AUGGCCGACCCCCGCGUUGAAGAGCUUCCCGAUGAGGAGGUCCCCAAGACCGUCGAAUCCGACUCUGAGUCCGAGGCUGGUGAUGAGCCCGUUAUCCCCGGCGGCGCUGCUGUCACCAUCCACUCUCGCAACGAGAAGAAGGCCCGCAAGGCCAUUGCCAAGCUCGGCCUGAAGCACGUCCCUGGCAUCACCCGUGUCACUCUCCGCCGCCCCAAGAACGUCCUCUUCGUCGUUAACCAGCCCGAUGUCUACCGCUCCCCCUCCAGCAACACCUGGAUUAUCUUCGGUGAGGCCAAGAUUGAGGACCUGAACGCCCAGGCCCAGGCUUCCGCCGCCCAGCAGCUCGCUGCUGCCGAGGCUGCCGGUGACCACGCCGGUCACGACCACGAGCACGAUCACGACCACGGCAAGGGCAAGGCCAUUGACCUUGAGCCCAAGAAGGAGGAGGAGGAAGAGGAGGACGAUGGUGAGGAGGUCGAUGAGGCAGGCCUCGAGGCUAAGGACAUCGAGUUGGUCAUGGCCCAGGCCAGCGUUUCUCGCAAGAAGGCUGUCAAGGCCCUGCGGGAGAAUGACAAUGAUAUUGUCAACUCCAUCAUGGCCCUCAGCAUAUAA